AUGUCUAAUGUCGCCACUAAAAGCAAUCCCUCUAGUCUGGAAACCACACUAAACCAUUCCCUCGAUAAACGACGAUCUUCAUCCACGAUCCGACGCCUCACGACCACGAAAUCAAUAGAUGUGGAUUUCUCCUCCAACGACUUCCUCUCCCUCGCCACCAACCCAGAACUCCGACGGAACUUCCUCCAAGAACUGGAACGCAGUCCCGCAUUCAACAGAACAGGAUCGACCGGCUCUCGCCUCCUAGACGGGAACUCGAAUUAUGCUCUAGAUCUAGAGAAGCAGAUCGCGCGAUUCCAUGGUGCGGAAGCGGGAUUACUAUGUAACUCGGGCUUCGACGCGAAUGUGGGGUUGUUUUCCUGUUUGCCACAGCCGGGGGAUGUGGUGGUGUAUGAUGAGUUUAUUCAUGCUAGUGUUCAUGAUGGGAUGAGAUUGUCCCGGGCGGGGAGGUUUUGGGGGUUUAGGCAUAAUGAUGUGCUGGCUUUGGAAGGGGUUGUGCGAGGACUAGUGGACGGGGAUGAGGCGGUGAGGGGCGGGAGGAAAAAUGUUUUUGUGGCUGUGGAGGGGGUGUAUAGUAUGGAUGGUGAUGUGGCGCCUAUUGGGCAGAUUACGAAGGUACUCAAGACGCUGCUGCCGAAGGGUAACGCACAUCUCAUCGUGGACGAAGCACAUAGUACAGGUCUUUACGGCUCCGGUGGUCGAGGGCUCGUCAACGCUUUGGGUCUGGAAGACGCAAUCACAGUCCGACUUCACACUUUCGGCAAGUCGCUUGCUUGCAAUGGCGCCAUUCUAUUGUGCAGUCCGACGAUCCGGGAAUACCUCAUCAACUACGCCAGACCGAUGAUAUACACGACGUUCAUGUCCUAUCCUGCUUUGGCGGCUAUCAAAGCCUCGUAUGACUUCCUCUCGGCUGGGAAGACGGAGCACCUGGCGGCGAAUUUGGAGAUGUUGAUACAGGAUUUCCACCAGCGGCUACUGGGCUUGCAGGCUUCGCUUCUGGCUGUUUCGGAUGCCGAACAUGCGCGGGCGUUACUGCGUGUACCAGCCGAGUGUCCCAAAUCGCCAAUCUUUGCCGUGCUGUCGUCUGAGCCAAAGGUUCUGGCGGCGCAUUGUCAAGCAGAGGGCUUUACGGUUCGUGGGAUUGUGCCACCGACUGUACCGUUGGGGACGGAGCGGAUACGGGUAUGCCUACAUGCUGGUAAUACGGUGGCGCAGAUUGAUGGCUUGGUGAAGGUGAUUCGGAGUUGGGUGGAGACGCGGAGCAAGGCGCUUUUGCGUGAUGCCGAAGGUUCCCGACCAAGGCUGUAG